AUGUCACAUCUUCUUUCAAAAAGGGCCUCUGCAAGGCAAAGGCUUCAUUUUUCCGUUUUUAAUUUCGACAACGCUCCAGAAGGUUUCGAGCCACACCCCGAUCCCUUAUGGCUCGAUGCUGGCAUGCCAAAUGCCGGGUUCUUCCCAAUUGAUCUGUUGCAAAUCAAUGUGGUGGAUUAUCCAUUUCAAAAAUCUUUGCUGUUGCCAUUGGGUAAUUCAUCAAUUGAAAAUUUGAAUCACAAGGAUACUGGCGUUGAGGAGUCUUUGAAGAGAUUGACAACAACUGGUGAGUCGAAGAACCAUGUAAUGGUCACUAAGAGAACUAAUGACCCAAAGCUCAUAGACUUGUCAAGGGGUUUGCAAUACUCAGAAGUUGAAGGUAUUCCUCAAUUACUUGAAUUUACAAGAAAUCUCAUUAAGAGAGCGCAUCCCCCUAAGUAUGAUGAUUGGACUACAAUUGUGUCAAAUGGUGCAGGUGAUGGAUUAAACAAGGCAAUGGAUGCUUUUUUGGAUCCUGGGGAUGUAAUCUUGGUUGAGGAAUUUACUUUCACUCCCGUGUUGUUGAAUAUUCAAAAUGCUGGAGGUAUUCCUGUUCCUAUAAAAUUGAAUUUGGACGCCACAUCUGGCAAAAGUGAGGGUAUAGACUUCGAAUAUUUAAAAAACUUGUUGGAGAACUGGGAUGAGUUGAGGCCAGAGUUGGGGAAAAAGAAACCCAAAGCGUUAUACACAAUCGCAUCUGGUCAGAAUCCCACUGGUUUCACUCAGUCUAUUGAAUUUCGACGGAAAGUGUACAACUUGGCUGAGAAGUACGAUUUUGCCAUCAUCGAAGAUGAUCCUUAUGGCUACUUGACUCUUCCGCCCUUCUCUGAUCCUGACGUGAUUCACAAAAUCUCUGACUUUUUGACCAUCGAAGACUACUUGGCGCAUCAUUUGAUACCUUCUUACCUCACGCUUGACACAUCCGGAAGAGUUGUUCGCAUCGAGACAUUCUCCAAGCUAUUCGCACCUGGCCUUAGACUUGGCUUCAUUGUGGGCCACAAAGAUGUGAUAGACGUGAUUUCGAAAUAUUCGAAUAUUGUCACCCGUUCAUCCUCCGGAACGUCGCAACUCAUUGUCAACAAUGUAAUCGAGCAGAGUUUUGGUGGCGUGGACGGGUGGCUCAAUUGGGUUUUGAAGAUGCGGUUCGCGUAUACCAAAAGAAGAAAUGUCUUGCUUGGAGGUCUUUUUGAUUCAGAGGCAUACAAAAAGGGUCACUUGAACGUCAUUGAUCCACGAGCAGGUAUGUUCACAAGUGUCAUCAUAAACUUUCCCGAGGGUACCAACGUGCCCGAGAAAAUGAGGUUAUUGCUGUUCAAGUUACGCGCUGUUGGAGUAAAGGUAGUAGCAGGACUCAAUAUGGCUGUUGAUAAAUCAUUUAGUGAACCUAGAGGCAACUUUUUCAGAUUGACGUAUGCUAUCGCAGGGUCAGAUCUGGAACUCCGUGAAGGUGCGAAGAGGUUCGUGCUGGCCGUGGAGGAGUUCUUCAAGAAAGGAUUAGAAUUUUGA